UAAGUUUUCAUAGGUAUGUGCAAAGGAAAUUCAAGAAAUUUUUCCAAUGCUGAUAUAAAUAUGUCGGAUUUAGAAAUAAAGGACACUGAAAUAUCAUCAGGUGCUCUUGCAGCACUAAAAACAUUUUUGGAUGAGACAUUCGGUCAACAUAAGUAUAACUAUAAUAUUGAUUUGGCUACAAAAAAGGGAGAUAACUACAUGGGUGUUGUGUACCGUAUUACGGUAUCAGUACAUAGUGAUGCUAUCAGUGACAAUAAAAAUGACCUUAAACUUAUAAUGAAGGUCCCACCGCAAAAUCCUCAAAGACGUCAACAAUUUUUUGCUGGUCCUGGAUUUCAAAGAGAGAUACUAGCCUAUCGAAUUUUUCUUCCUCUAGUUCAUGACUUUCAAAAAUCUAAAUGCAUUAAACCCAAUGAAAUGUUUAUUGAAUAUCCUCGUUUUUACUUCAGCUUACGUGAAGAAUUUCACGAAGCAAUCUGUAUGAGCGACAUACAAGAAGAAGGUUUCUACAUGCAUGACCGUUUUAAACCCUUGACUCGUGAGCAUGUAGCACUAACAAUGCGUAUUUAUGGCAAAUUGCACGCAACAUCACUUGCCAUAAAGGAUCAAUCGCCCGAAAAGAUUCAGGAUCUUAAAUGUAUAGUUGACAUUUUUGAACAACGAAAGGACGACCCCCAAUUAAAUGAUUAUUUUGAAAGUCUUAAGAAGACGGCUCUGGAUUGCUUCGAUAGAGAGCGAGAAAGCUUUUACUGGGAAAAGCUAAAUGCGUACUUCAGCCGAGGAUCAUUUUAUAACUUAAUGCUUAUGUUACUGGAGCCCAGAAGCAGCGAGCCGCUCUCUGUAAUAUGCCAUGGCGAUUGUUGGAUAAACAAUAUAAUGUAUAAAACGGAGAAUGCGGGGAUUGCGGAUGCUCGUUUGCUUGACUGGCAAAUCAUGAGAUAUGCUUCACCCAUUAUUGACCUUAUGUAUUUCUUAAUGUCGUCCACUACCAAAGAAUUUCGAGCGCAGUAUUUUUACGAAAUGCUAGACAUUUACCAUGAAUCGGCAUGUGAACAUUUAAAAAGGUUGGGUUCGAAACCUGAAAAUAUAUUUUCGAAGAAGGCUUUUCAGAAAGAAUUUAAAGCCAAAGGAGCUAUAGGAUUACUUCUAGCAAUGAUUGUGUUGCCUAUUUUAACGACGAAAGGGGAAGAUGUGCCCGAUUUGGAAAUACUUAGUGAAAAAGUUACUCUGGGACAUUCAACUGAUGCUAUGGAAGCCGGAUUUAUAGGAGCUAAAUCGGAUAUAUUCCAUGCAAGAAUGAAGGGCGUUGUUUGCGACACCAUCGAUUGGGGUCUCAUUUAAUUUCAUUCAAACUCAAUACAACAUACAUAUAUACUUGCUUAUUCUCUAUACUUACCUUUAUAUCUGCAAUUAUGCUAUUGAUUUGAGGAGUAUUUUUCAAUUGCUUGGCAUUUUGAGCGAACCUUAGGGUGGAGAGAGUUUCGCUCAAAUCCUCCCUGUGUGGACUUAUACACGCCAACAAUGUUAAGAGCGCUAAUAGAUAAAAUUCGAAAGCACAAUUUUGCACACAUAUUGAAAACGAUACAUUUUUUUUUUGUUUUAAUAAAAUAAAUAAAAGUGAUCCUAUAUGCAAUUGUAUGUCCUAGCAACUAUAUAUCCAAGCUUAUUAUCAUCUUACCUUGUAAUACGGAACUUAGAACACUAUCACGUAAGCCCUGGUUUAUGUUGACACCCUCUGACAUGGCUACACCCUGGUGACCGGUUCGUCUCACGCCUUCAGAUCCAGCUAGAUCAACAAGAUUCAUACAA